GCCGCCGCCUCGUCCUUCCGCCGCGCACGCGGGACAUGCGCCGUGCGGGACACCCCCUGCCCCCCCCGCGCGGCCCCUUUAACCCCGCACAGGUGCCGGCGGCCGGGGCUGCGCGCAGCCCGCGGAUUGGCCGCCCGCCGGAACGUCACGCAGCAGGGCGCGCCGCCAUUGGCGGAGGCGCUGGGCCGGCCGUGGACUGCGGUGCUUAGCGGGCGGGGCGGGGGCGCUGCGGCGGGGCCGUGCGGGGCGGUGCGGGGCCGCGAUGGCGCCGCGCUGCCGCCCGCUCCUGCCGCUGCCGCUGCUGCUGCUGCUGGCGCUGCCCGCGGCCGCCGCCCCCGAGCCCUGCCGCACCUGCCAAGGCCUGGCCCGCAGCUUCCGCCAGGGCCUGGAGCGGACGGAGCGGGACAACUUCGGCGGCGGGAACACGGCGUGGGAGGAGGAGAAGCUGGCCAAGUACCGGCACAGCGAGACCCGCCUGCUGGACGUGCUGGAGGGCGCGUGCGGCGCCGCCGACUUCGCCUGUCACCGGCUGCUGGAGCAGAGCGAGGAGCACGUCGAGCGCUGGUGGUUCCACGAGCAGCAGCUGCACCCCGACUUCUUCCAGUGGCUCUGCAUGGACACGCUGAAGCUCUGCUGCCCGCCCGGCACCUACGGCCCCGACUGCCUGCCCUGCGCCGGCGGGCCCCAGCAGCCGUGCAGCGGGAACGGGAAGUGUGACGGCGACGGCACGCGCGGGGGCACCGGCCUGUGCAUGUGCAGCCCGGGCUACGGCGGCUCCUUCUGCUCCGAGUGCGGCGACGGCUACUAUGAGGCGUCCCGGAACGAGAGCCACCUGGUAUGUGCUGAGUGCUACCCGGCCUGCGGGCGCUGCUCGGGGCCGGAGGACUCCAGCUGCCUGCGCUGCAAGAGGGGCUGGAUGCUGCACGACCACCGGUGCAUCGACAUAGACGAGUGUGGCACGGAGAUGGCGCACUGUCGGGCCAACCAGUUCUGCGUCAACACGGAGGGCUCCUACGAGUGCCGAGACUGCUCCACGGCCUGCAUCGGCUGCAUGGGCGCUGGCCCUGCCCGCUGCAAGAAGUGCAACAAGGGGUACCAGCGGGACGGCGCCAAGUGCCUCGAUGUGGAUGAGUGUGCCAGCAUGGAGGAGCCCGUGUGCUCUGGGGUGCAUGAGGUCUGCGAGAAUACAGACGGCGCGUAUCGGUGCGUGUGUGCCGAGGGCCACAUGCGCAGGGACGGCGAGUGCAUCGAGGACAAGCCGCCAGAGUCCCCGCCCAAGGGCUUUUUCGACGACGUGACAGAUGACGAGGUGGUGGUGCUGCAGCAGAUGUUCUUCGGCGUGGUGAUCUGUGCACUGGCCACGCUGGCUGCCAAGGGUGACAUGGUCUUCACCGCCAUCUUCAUCGGCGCUGUGGCUGCCAUGGCCGGCUACUGGCUCUCAGACCGCGGUGACCGCGUGCUCGAUGGCUUCAUGAAGGGCAGAUAGUGCGGGCGGCUCCCUGGGCAGGGCGGGCUGUGCCUGGGGCUCAGGCAGAGGGUCCGUGCACAUGGGGCCUGGGUGAGAGCGGGCCCUGCGGCUGGUGGCAUGGCCUGUGCCCUGUGCGUUUCCAGUGCAGUCCCAGCCUGCACCAGUUCAGAGCCCAGUGGGCCGGACCUCUCAGGGCCAGGCGCUGGCUGUGCCCCCUUGACUUUGCCCCUGUGGGUCCAGUACCUGGUGAACAGCACCCACAGUGCCAGUGGGACUGUGGCAUCUCCUGAAGGGCCCUAGUUCAGUUGUGGGGCUUUUGAGUCCCCCAAAGUGGGAGCUGGCCAAGGGGGACUGGUGCCUAGGGGAGCUCCUGUGCUCUGAGGCCAAGGUCCCUGUGGCCCUGGGACUUGACUGGACUGAGGUGGGGCUGUUGGGGACCCAGGCCCUUGCCCUGUAGCCCCCUCCCAGCUCAGGCUGCUCUGCCCUCCCUGUCCAGCCCUAUUGCCUCUUCAGCGCCUCUCCUCCUGGAGGGACCCGUGUGGCAGCAGCAGCUGUGGGCUCUGCCCUGCUCUGCUGCAUUGCAGCUUGUCUACAUGAGCCCUGCACUCUGCCUGCCCCGAGGAGCUACCGGGCUGCUUCUCAGCACUCCUGCCAGCCCCUGGCUGCUAGCAAACCCCCGCCCUGCCCCCAGCUUUGCUGGGCCCUUCGGGGGCCCAGAGCUGCACUGCUGGCCUGCCGUUUCCCAGCCCAAGGAGCUGGCCACCUCCCCCGGCCCUAGUGUGCCACGCCCGCCCUGCCCAGCUGCGAGACCGCCAGGUGCAUGGGCCUGGCACGCUGGACACGGGACAGUGGGAGGACAUCCAUCUGCCCUCUUGACCUUAGGGCUCAAUGUCCGUGUUAGGCAGGUCC